AUUUUAUUUCGCAACCCACUUGCAGCAAAUUCUUCUAAGCGUGCAACAUAACGCGGUUAUCACUAUAGUAUGUACAUAUCAAGAAAUCGAUUACUCGGCUGCGCGCGCCGACCUAUCUUCGGUUAACAGUUGGAACAAGUUCACGCAAAUAUCGUCAGCUGGCCUUUUAACAUCACCAGGAAAACGACGUCACGAUGCCGGGGGCCAGACAUAAGAUACUUGGGCAUGUCCUAUCUGGCUUUUGCCAUAAGAUGAAUCGCCGUAAACCCAUAUACGGGGAUUCAUUGGAUACCCCGCUGAACCGAUGUCUUACUACCUUGGACAUCACUUUAUUGGGGAGAUCUCGAAGUGAUCAUUGUUCCCGGUGGCGAGUACCCACAAAAAGCGUGGGGCAUAUGGUUGGAGCAGGCAUUUACGUCUUGACUGGAACCGUUGCCCGUAGCAUGGCUGGACCAGCAACUGCUCUAAGUUUUCUUUUGGCUGGAAUAACAUCUACCUUGGCUGCUCUCUGCUAUGCUGAAUUCGGAACGAGAAUUCCGAGAGCUGGCAGCGCAUACGCCUACACGUAUGUCAGUAUCGGUGAAUUUUGGGCUUUCAUCAUAGGUUGGAACAUCGUAUUGGAAUAUAUGAUAGGAGCCGCAUCUGUGGCUAGAGCGUGGUCUGGCUAUCUUGAUGCCAUGCUGGACGGUGCGAUAAGCAACGCUACGAUUUCCAUAACAGGAGAAAUGCACGAAACUCUUUUGAGUAGAUAUCCAGACGUCUUAGCAUUUUUAAUAUGCAUCGUGGCAUCUUUAAUUUUAGCUGUUGGUGUUAAAACUUCAGCGUACAUAAACAACGGCCUCACAAUCUUGAACCUCUUGGUUAUAUCUCUUGUGAUAUUCCUCGGCUUCUAUUACGCUGACAUCAGUAAUUGGUCCCAGAAGAAUGGCGGCUUCAUGCCAUUUGGAGUUAGUGGCGUGUUAGCUGGAGCUGCUACUUGCUUUUAUGCAUUCGUGGGUUUUGACAGUAUAUCAGCUUCCAGUGAGGAAGCUAAAGACCCAUCCCGGUCGAUUCCUAUCGCUACCAUCCUGUCAAUGGCACUUGUUGCUUUUGGCUACAUUUUGGUUGCUCUCGCAUUGACAUUGAUGGUUCCGUUUAAUACAAUCAACCCCGAUGCCGCUUUACCAGCUGCUCUCGGUGCAGUUCACGCUGAUUGGGCUAAGUAUGCAGUUGCCGUGGGCGCGGUGUGCGGUAUGACCACGACUCUGUUGGGCUCCUUGUUUUCUUUGCCACGUUGUCUGUACGCCAUGUCCGCUGAUGGUCUCUUAUUCGGUUUCCUCAGUGACAUCAGCAACAAGUCACAGAUUCCUAUUGUUAACUUGAUUAUCUCUGGUUUGUCAUCGGCCUUGAUAGCAUUACUGUUUGAUCUGGAGAAGCUUGUGGAGUUUAUGUCGAUAGGAACUCUGUUAGCGUACACUAUUGUGAGUGCUGCAGUGAUCAUUCUUCGUUAUCGGCCUGUUCCUGCGGUGGACGACAAGAGUUUUGGAGUGCCACAACUGGAGUCUCCUGGUGAUAGGGAAGAUAGUUCUGCGACUGGUACUCCGGGUACUGAUGGUGGUUCUUCAUCCUCUGAGAUGUUUGAAGCUUUGACGGUUGGUCGUCUUCGGGCUCAAUACGCUUGGUUGGAGCCCCUGGCAGGCGGCCGGGCUCCUGGAGCUGCCGUUACGAGCUGCGUGUACACGUUUACUGCUGCCGCUGCAGCUCUGUGUGCGCACAACCACUUCUUAGCAGAACCGGCUGGACUGUGGGCUUUGCUGCCAGAUUUUGUCUUGAGUUUCAUUAUUGUUGCAUGUUUGGUGAUAAUUUGGGCACAUCAACAAAGUCCGACGCGGCUUCCUUUCCGUGUGCCAUGGGUUCCACUGCUACCGGCUCUAAGUGUCAUGCUCAACGUCGAGCUCAUGAUAAACCUUAACGCACUUACCUGGGCUCGAUUUGCUAUUUGGAUGACUUUUGGCCUUCUCCUUUACUUCUUGUACGGGAUCCACCAUAGCAAACUGGGCGAGGGCGUCACAGGACUUCUAUCGCGGUCAGCCAGUGGAGGAGGUCACAGUGGCGGAUGGGGCGCUGUUGAGAAGACCAGUGCUAUCGCUCGCCGCGUCGGGCGUUUCGCUCGCGGCAGCAAGGGCGACGACCGCAAACCGAUCAUUAGCGAUGACGACUUAUCCAGGCGUGAACCGUGAUUCUAAACUUCAAGUAUGUAUCUUUCCUAAUUUAAAAACAACGCGAUUUCUUAGUCUUGCCAGCUUAAAUAAGUAUUUCGUCAAUGUGUUGCCAUAUUGUGUCAAUAAUAAAUAAUCACUGUGACAGCAAAAUUGAUUGAAGUAACGAGCGCAUAUUAAUGUCUUAUUGUGCUUUCUAAUAAUUAUAUGAGUGUACUUUAUUAGGAUUUGGUUAUAGAUUUAUUCGAGUUUACUAAGCUAAGAGAGGAAAAGUACCUAAUGAUAGACUUUAUUCAAAAAUUCAUUGACAUAUAAUACAAAUUAUUAUGGACAUAGAACAUAGACUGUAUGUAGACCAUGCAAAGAAAAAUGUAAAAAAAAUAUAACUGAAGUACCUAUAAUAGUGUGAUCGUAUUAUAAAUUAUAAUCAAUAGUGUACAGAUGCCUAUAGAAUAGUGAACAAAUUGAAUCUCAAAAUUCAAACACCUGUUAAGUACCUGUUUACCAAAGAAUAAUAGAUUAUUUCAUUGCUCUUAUGUAUUCUAUGUAAUUAAUUUGUAAAUAGAUGUUGCUAUUCGUUUCUCAGGUGACAUGAAACGUUGUGUUGCAUUGCACAAGAAUAAAAAAGCACAAAGUACCAAUUUAAAUUUUUUAUUGUCAAACAAAAUUCAUUUCAUAGUGCCAUAUUGAUGUCAACUUAAACAUUACAGGGUCAAUUAAUGUAUAAAGGCAAAGUGCUGCGACAACACAAUUAUAUUGAAAUUGUCGAGAACAUUAUGGGCUUGCGUAGACGAGAGACUGUUUACCUGUUGCUGAGAGCAAUCUAUUGAGGACAAGGAAAAAGACCCACCGCGAACUAUACUGAAUCACUGGGUAAAUACAGCUGAAACUAGUCACUGAUCCGUAUCCAAAAUUGGGUCGAUCUAGGUUUUUGGCAUAAAUUUAAUCCAAAUAAUAUCCGUUUCAGCCUACAGUACCCUUAGUACGAGAGCCGGAUCGACUAAACCAACCAAUCAGAGCUCCGAAUGCGCUCUCGUUUCGAUUACUUUAAACGUAAAGCAAAUUGGACUAAGGGUACAGUCCUUUGUAAGAGUUAUUCGAUAAUGUUUAUAAGGGAUUUACAAAACCAUUUUACCCUAUAAACAGUCUCUCGUCUGCGCAGGUCUGAAUAGCUUUUUUACUUGUUUGAAUGUAUUACAAAAUGUGUGUAACGUUGUGUUAUGAGUGGUAAAUCAUUUUAUAAUUAUUUUAUUUUACACAAUGAGGUAAAGUGAGCUCUGCCUAAUCCUUCGGGGAAUACAAGGCAUGAUGGGUCUUCAUUGGAACACCAUGUCGUACGACUAAUCACGCAACCAACAGUUUUAUGGAGGGUAUCGGUGUCAACUUAGUUGCGCAACAAGUUGUCGGCGACAAAAUCAACCUUACUACCGUACUCAGAAACAUUUAAUGGUUACUUAACCCAGUCCUUAGCAAUUGUUUUCGGAACAAAAUCGUUACUAAGGAACAGGUUAAUUAAUCAUUAAAUGUCUCUGAGUGCGGUAUUUGUUUGUUUUGGUGUCUUUAGCAUGGUAGCUGUUGUGAUCAGUUGGACGAUUAGUCGGGCGACUAUUGUGUCCUAAUGAUAGGGCCUUUAUGUUAUUUAAAGUGAAACUAAAUAUUUAUUAUUGUUAAUCCAGAUCUCUUUGCAGUUUAUGCUUUAAUGUAAUGUAUGAGUGCACAAAUUGUAUGCCUAAUGGUAUAAAUUCAGUUCUAUCACAUAGAUUCUAUUUAGAAAUAUUUCUUCCAAAUGCUUGGUUAUAUUUGAGAAAAUAUUUUAUAUUUUAGAUGAUAUAAUGACAGUUGCAAGUUAGCACAAAGUGUACCUACUCUUGUAUACCUAAUAAUCACAUGUAUGGAUCUAUUAUAUAAUAAUUAUGGCGCAAAUUACAUAGAUAGAAAUGAACUAUAGUACCAUUGUUAUAAAGAUUGUAUAUUUUAAGUGUUGAUGUGUACAUAAAGAAACUAUAAUAAUACGUCA